CUACAGAAUUCUGUUAGCCAGGUGACAUAUAUUGGAGGUUGUGUAUAUAAUCAAUUGCAGGGCAAAGUUCUAAAAGUGGAGCACUCAACAGUACAGGACAUUCCAUGUGACGUGUAGGCGGAUUCCAUCCACAUGCAAGAUGGCGUCGCCCAUGAGGGCAGUGAUGUCGGGGAGUCGUGCCCUGCGCUGCUGGAAGGCCAGGGUCUCUCCUCUCACAGGUUACGUCGGUGUCACGUCGAGGAGAGAUAUUUCUUUCCAGCUUGAUGAGAAAACUGCUCACAGCAGUCUUGACUUGUUUAAGAAAAAUACAGGAGUUAUUUAUCGCAUGCUGGGUAUUGACCCUUCCAAGGUCACUCAAAGUCCUGAGCGUUUCAGAGAAUGGGCAGUUGUCCUGGGCGACACUCACAUAGUAAACGGUCGUCAUUAUUGGGAGGUGACAGUGAAACGAUCCCAGGAGUUCCGCAUUGGUGUAGCAGAUGCAGACAUGUCAAGAGAUGAAUGCAUCGGUGUCAAUAACCGUUCUUGGGUCUUUGCUUAUAGCCAUAAAAAGUGGCAUGGUAUGCAGGCAAAUAAAAUAAUUCCGAUUACAAAUAUCGGCCAUCCAAGCAAAGUAGGGCUGCUCCUUGACUAUGAAGGUGGAAAGCUGAGCCUUGUAGACUCUGAUAAAGGCUCUCUAGUCCACACUCUCUCUGCUAAUUUUCGUGGUCCAGUUGUGCCUGCAUUCGCCCUUUGGGAUGGAGAACUUCUCACUCAUUCAAACUUGGAUGUACCUGAUUAUCUCUGAAACAAUUAAGUGUUAAUGCAAAGUGCCUCUCCAGCCACCAUCUUGUUUUUGCAGUGUGAUUUCACAAUACAUAUUAUUUACUGAGUAUAGGUAAUAUAUAAUGCUUCCAUGAUGUGUAUACCAUACAAACGUUUCUUUAUGCUUUAAUGACUUUAUGAUCUUAAUGCAAUGUCAACACAAACUGCCAAAGAUACAUAUACAGCAUUCAAUGAAAAUCUUUCAGUGGUUUUCUCAAUGUGAUUUUUUUUUUUUCUCUCACAUGAUAAAUACAUGUCCCUUUAAUUUUAAUACAGCUACACUUGACGCUACACCAUUAAAUAUUGCUAUAUAGCUAUAUAAAAAAAAAAGAAUCUCGAUGAAAGUUGCUAAUGUGUAUUCUAGAUUUACUAGUAUAUGUAUCUUCCAAAACUAAUUGCAUCUGAAAGAAUAUUUUAGUAAAUAUGCAGCGUUUGCAAUUUCAAAUAUAUUUUGCAUCGUUUUUCAGUUGUUUGAAGUAGCGCCAACUGUAGUGGUUUCCUUGUUUAUGGGGUACAACUGGUACAAUUCUCAGUCUACUUGACAGAUCACCUGAGUUGGUGUAAGAAUAACCUGCAACACUGUACUGUUGAGUGCAUUAGAAGACAAGAAUAAGGAAACGGUUUUGAGAAAAGCCUAUCUAGGCUUUGAGUGUGUUCUUACUACAUUGAACGUAUGUAGUAAACAUAGUGAUUGAAAGCGAUUUUCAUGAUUCUAAACGUGCAGGAACAUGCAUUGUAUGUUUAAUGCUUGCAUAGUUUUGUUUCUUGUGCACAAUGGGGGUGGGGGUAUAGAUAUUCUGACUUUAUAAACUAUUGCAAUAAUAUCAAACGUGCAAUCACACAAUCUGUAUUUGAGAAUUUUGGAAAACAAAUAUCUGCUUUAAGCAAAUCA